ACUGUUUAUAUCAAGCAAAAAUUCAUCAGGAGCAUGUUGCAACCUAUGUCAGCAUUCAACAAUGACAGUAUGAUGGCAGAAGACAUUCUGACAGAGAUACAAACAAACCUGCUGGAGUGCAAAGUGUGUUUUGAAAAGUUCAAUAGACCUCGAAAUCUACCCUGCGGCCACGUGCUCUGCCUGAAAUGCAUCUGUGCCCUUUCUCACCCUACCCAACAAAGUCUGGAGUGCCCGUUCUGCAGAAAAUCAUGCUCCGUUGGCAGCACCUCAGAAUGUCGUGCAAUCUCUGAUCUCCAAGAGCUAAUGCGGCGGGCAAGAGGUUGUCAGAGGUUGCCUGUCGACCAUCGUUCAUUAAGCUGGGUGGAUUCAGGCCUGGGUUCAGGUACAUUGCAUCUCUAUUCAGCUUUUGGAGGCUGGGGAAAGAUCAUCAACCCUUCUGGCAUAGCUUCGACCCAACAAUCUGGAGAGGUCGUAGUGGUACACGAUGGUGAGACAAGGGUUGCCAUCUUUAGUCCACAAGGGACGUACUUGCACGGCUUUGGACAACGUGGACACAGCUCUGCAAAUGUAUGUCACCCUCUUGAUGUUGCAGUGGCCGCUAGCGGACAUGUUGUGGUUACGGAUGCAGGUGAUAGAUCGGUCAAGAUCUUCUCUUCCACAGGCUGCCCCGUGGUGACCAUCCAGAACUCGUUUAAACUCCCGUGGGGUGUUGAUGUAGACAGCCGUGGACAUAUCUUGGUGACUGAUGCUCAGAUGGGAACCUUAAGCCAAGUUGUGAUGGACUUUGGACAUGGUUUAGUCUUAAUUAAUAGAGUUGUCUUCAAGGAACUGGCCUGUCCACGUUCAGUAGCCUCUUGUACAGUGUCAGGAAACGUUGCCGUUGUGGAGCAUCUAGGGAAGCAAGGUGACUUUACAGCCACAUGUCUGAGAAUAUUCAAUAGUGACUUUGUUCCUUUGGCGCAGGUGGACAGUUUCGGUCUGGACUUGAUGAAGUCUGUGAGUUUGUCCAUAUCUUCCGUGGGUUUUGACAGAAAUGGAGACGUAAUUGUUGGGGACACACAGCGGGGAAUGGUGUGGAGUUUGGGGAAGCCGCAGGAAACACCUGUGCCAACACCAUUAGUGAGUGGACUCCUGCGUCCAGCGGGUUUAACAGUGACAAGGCUAAAUGUGCUAAUUGUCUUGGACAGUGGAGAUCAUACAGUGAAGUUUUACAUAAGAAACACAGAGGACAUAUACAGUGAUAAAAAUGAGAAACGUUGUAUGUGAGAAAGUUUGUUAUGAAAUAUAAUACGCAUAAUAAGGUAUUUUGGUGGAUUGGUGUGUUGUGAUGAUGUGAGUUGAUUUUGUGUAAAUGGUGUGAUGUGUUGUAUGCAUAGACUGUAAAAAAGAU